AUGUGUCGAGCUGAUGUUAGCCUCGAGGUUUGUCAUAGUUGCAUACUUAACGGCACAGAGUUCGCUAUACAAGCAGACUGCGACCAGGUGGAAGGGACUUAUUUCGCAGAGUUGUGCAUCUUUCGUUAUUCAAAUCAUAGUAUGUACCGCUUAUGGGAGAAUACAGUAGGAGUGUCUGACUACAUUGAAGCAAAUGUAUCGAACUACCAGCAGUUUAAUCUUACAUUGACAUCCACAUUAGAAGAUGUGAUUAACGAGGGUUCUAGAUUGGGUUUCGCCACCCAUGAAGCUGAUGUUUCAGGAGAGGAAACUAUAUACAGCAUGGCUCUGUGUACACCUGAUAUAGUGGGUGUGAAUUGCAGUCGAUGCUUACGAUCUGCACGUUCUAUUCUCAGAGAUGGUGCUCCGGCUGGGUUUGCUACCUUGAAUAAAUGUUAUCUCAGAUAUGAUAAUGUCUCGUUUUAUGAUAUUGGAGGGCCGAAUGUUAAUACAGGGGUGGGUUUAAGAUCAUCAAAUCUUCUUUUCGUCGUCUUUUCAGUUGUGUUCCUGAUUGUGUAUAACUUUCUUGUGCUUUUGUAA